GCACAGUCUGUACUGUGAAUUGUAUUUAAAUAGGAAAUGUGAUCUGCUUGAUGUACCCUGUGUAGCUCAUUUGGACAUUACCUGUACACAGUAAGAACUUGAUACCUUUGCAGAGCUCUAACAUGAAGAUCUUUGCUUGGCUUAUGAUCGCCACAGCUUUUGCCGCUAACAGUUGGGCAUUAGAUAGGUGCAGUGUGGUGGAAGCGAUUAGAAAUGGGGGAGUUAUUGGCAUCAAAGGAUAUACCCUGGGGGACUAUGUGUGCAUGGCUUAUCACGCUAGUCGAUAUGAUACCUCCCUGAACAGAAGUCCAACAGAGUACGGCAUCUUCCAGAUCAACAGCUACUGGUGGUGCGAUGAUGGCAGAACAGUAGGACGCAAGAACCUCUGUGGAAUGUCAUGUAGAAAUUUACUGAACAGUAACAUUGAGGAUGAUGUGAGGUGCCUUAAAAGGAUUUUGAGAGACCCGAAUGGACUCAGUGCUUGGAGUGUUUGGACCAGAUACUGUAAAGGAAGAGACCUAAGUUCAUACUCCAACUGGUGCUAAUAUAUGCCUUGUGUGUGUACCAAAUCAGUCACAGUGAAAUUAUUAUUAUAAAUUAAUUGAAUUACUGAUCAUGUGAAUCAAUAAAACAUGAUUUCCUCUGGA